AGUGUUUUCGUGCUGCAGCCCCAACUCGCCUGCAGAGUGAUAGUCUCCGAGGGGUAAAAGCGAGGGAAGAAGCGCAGUUAAACCAGGAGGAGGUGGAGUAAGAGGGGGAUCCUUUACAUCAGGGAAGACGCAGGAGAGAGAGAGAGAGGUGGGGGGAAAAAAAUAAAGGAAGCCCUGACAGAGUAGAUCAGGUGUCCGCGCUAAGAGAAACCAGAGUCGCCUCUCUUACGCUGGAAAAUGGAGCUACCCGCCGCUGGAGAGCACGUCUUUGCGGUGGAGAGCAUCGAAAAGAAGCGCAGCAGGAAGGGGAGGGUCGAGUAUCUGGUCAAGUGGAGAGGAUGGUCUCCAAGAUACAAUACAUGGGAACCAGAGGAAAACAUACUGGAUCCAAGGCUGCUAGAUGCUUUCCAAGAUAGGGAACGUCAGGAGCAGCUGAUGGGAUACCGCAAGAGAGGACCCAAGCCUAAGCACCUUCUUGUUCAGGUGCCAUCAUUUGCCAAGAGGUCCAACUUUCUGGCAAACCUUCAGGAGGCGUCCCUGGAAGAUGACAGCUGUCAGAAAUCCAGCCCUAUCCAGAUGAUACGCCCCCAGUCCCAGCAGUUCCAGCUGAACAAUAAGAAGCUUCACCAGUACCAGCCUCUGAGCAGGGAGCAUGAGGCAGAGCAGCAACCCAAUGGCAAGAAGUUCUUCUAUGAGCUCAACAGCAAGAAGCAUCACCAGUAUCAACCUGACCUGAAGUCACAAGAGCCUGUUUUCAACAAACCCAGAGACAUACAAGCUCCAGAGCUGGCUAACAAAGGAUAUAACCUCCCAGCAGUGUUGCAGCAAAAGUGGGUUCGGGACAAGGACUCAGGCUGUCUGACUAAAGUGAAGGAUAUUACUAUGGAGCUAAAGAAACUUCCAGCUGACCUUAACGGACAAAAAGAGCCAGAGAGGAUAAAACCUAAAGAGGACACCUCUCCACAUCCCAACGGUGUCAGCAGCAGUAAACUAAAAAUUGUUAAGAACAAGAACAAGAACGGGCGGAUUGUCAUUGUCAUGAGCAAGUACAUGGAAAACGGAAUACAGAGCGCUAAAACCAAACACGGAGACUCUGAUGGCGCUGAAAGGCCACUGCAAGGUGCAGACAGCAGCAUGGAGAGGCACCUGGCAAAAAUGAAGCUCGUCAAAAAGCUUGGCCUUAUGAACGGAUUCCCUAAGGAACCCAAAGACAACCCGACCCCUCCCAGUCCGGGAAUAAAUGGAGAUUGCUGCAAAGAGAAAGAACUAUCCACUCAAACAGACCGAACUGUGGCCGAACAGGAUAAACCCACAGCGGUAGGGGGCGAGGGGCAGUUUCCACAACAUCAGCCUUUACAGCUGACAACUAAGCCCGACCUACUACAUGUACCCCCAGAGAGAGGGGCCCUAGACUUUAAAGGUACCCAGAAUGGGCUUCAUGGACUAAAGCGGCACCUCACUGAUGCAGAUGCUGAGGAACACGGAUGCAGUAAGAGGUUAAUAAGUAACAAAAGCAUCAGUGUUCUCAACACUAUUCCUCCUCCCUCCCAGAGCCCUGCGUUCGACCAAAACGGACUGAGUCCCGCUUUACUGCAGGACUAUGGCUACGCAGACCAAGAGGAGCCCAUGGACCUGAGUAUUGUAAAGUCGAGGCCCGUAUCCUCAGUCUUUUGCGAGACUGAGCCGGAGACACAAACCGAGGAACAUGUACAUUCACACGACACACAAACACAGACAGACACAAAAACAGAGAGCCAGACUGAGACACACAGCCCCUCAGUGGAGGAGCGAGUCGACUCUGUGUCUGGUUCCCCCCACCAAGCAAAAAAAGAAGAGGCCUUUCCUUCUUUCCAGCCUAGCCUUGGGAAUAUAGUCAUCACAGACAUUACUGCAAACUGCCUCACCGUUACCUUUAAGGAAUACAUAACAGCAUAACACGGCUGGGUACCACCUGCAGGACAUAUUUGUAUUUUCUGAUUCCUGAAUGUGCAAAUCAGGCAUUAAUGUUUUCAUUUUGUAAAACUCAAGAGUU